CUAGGAGCUAUUCGUAGGCAUUGCUGCCAAACCCGGCUUCGGGCUGCUCACGAGCUCUCUGCAGCCAAUGCAAUUGACAAAUCCAACUCUUAUAAAACAGCAGCAGUAUGUGGUAAGUCAAUUAUUCAUUCAUACUGGUUUACUUCCCUUGGAUUUUUGUUUUUUCUCACAGCUUUCUUCAAAUGACAGGUCUCUGUUGCUGGCACAUUUACGCAAAAAAAGCCAACAGUGUAAACGGUGUAAAGAUAAAGAGUAGGCUGGUUUACCCUGUAGCCUCACUGAAAACACCAUGACAUGAUGAAACAACAGAGAUCUUUGACGCACAGAGAUUUCUGCAGUUUUUGUGUUUGAUUCUUUGCUGAUCACAAAAAACAACAUGCCCCACGCUCGAAAUAGGAACCCUAGCCCCAUCCCAGAGGUAACAUGGGACACGGGAUUGAAGGAGAUGAACGAGACCUGGAAAGGAGCUAUAGCGUGUAUCGGUGUGGCCGUCUUCUUUGUCAUGACAAUCGGGAUCAUAUACUGGCAAGUGGUGGACCAGCCCAACAAGAACUGGAUCCUCAGGGGGACUUUUAGCGGACUAAUAUGGGAGAGACGGACCCACUCGCUGGUCAUACAGACACUAACGGAGGACAAGACCUAUGUGGAGAUAGACGUCGGGAACGUGGGGAACCCAGACAUAGAGGUUCCCUUUGUGAGGAACCUGUGCUGGCUCAAUAAGACGGAGUUCUGCUAUACGUGGGACUCUGUGGCGGAGGUGAAGAUCUCACUGGAGGUGAAUGAGGAGACGGAAACAGAGUGCUACAGUAUGAGUUGGGCACCGGUGCACUGUCAUGUGGAGCUGAAGGACUGUUUCUCCAUGACCAAUGUGUCCUGGUAUGGUGGUGCCAGUGUCCGGGGUCAGACCUGGCCAAUCAACAAUCAGAACGCCACCAUGCAGCCGUUCACUGUGAGCGACCUGAAGGACAAUCCCUCGGGCUUCGGCUCAGCCCUGGAACGUUACUUCCUGGGCUCAUCAGGUGUAGCAGUGCUUGUGUCUCCGGAUAUUCCCCUGCAGCUCGGGGUGGACAGCAGAGAGCAGUUCUGCCUGCAGUCACUGCCCAGUAUGGAGCGCCUGCCUUUACAGUACACUGUGUGUGUGGCCCCUGAUGUGAAAACUGUACACCAGCAAACAGUUCAACAGCUCCCCCAGCACAGGAGGGAGCUGCCCAACAUGAAGACACUGUGGCUCCCUUUCUGGAAGAUGCUUGCCAGCGUGGAUUCUGGGCCGAAAGUGGAGAGGGAGCUGAGGACCUUCUCUAACCGUCUGAGGAGACACCAGCUGGGGGAGGGAGUCAUCAGCCUCAAUGAACAUUCCACCACCCUCCUAUCUGAUAUGGACCACGACUACCUCAACAGCAGAAGAAGGGGGAUGUCCAAGAGAAUGACCAGGGACCUCCCACUUGUCAAGCUUCUUAACAUUUCCAUCACCCUGUCCCCUUUCCUGGCCGUGGACACCAAGCAGUUCCACACCUCCCUCAUGGACGGCACCGAGGCCUAUUGGCUCAGUCUGCCCUCAACCCCUCAGGGACAACUGGUCCCUGUGAUGAGUCAGUGGCAAGGGAAGUUCUGUGUAAAGCUGAACAUCACAAACCCAGGAGCGGUGAGCUGGUUUCUGGACAGAGUGGGAUCCCUGCAGGCCCAUCUUGGGAUGGAAUAUGUCCUACUGGAGGGGGGUGAAGGGAAUCUGUUUGAGGAGCAGGGACUGCGAUCGCCACAGGCUCUCAGUGGAGACAACUACAUUAGCCUGCUGGCAGAUGUGGCCACGAGGAUAGGAGACACCACCAUCGUGACAGCAGGGACUCGGUCCAGCCACAAGCCUUUAUUUGUGAGAUUGACCCCCCUGCAGUCGGACUGGAGUCUGAUGGGCCUGAAGGGCAUCAUUCCCUCCCUGCUGCACCACACUCUGCUGGGAUACAACUUUCUCAUUCCUGAUGCAGUAGGUGGCUCUCUGUCUGGAGAACUGGUCACUGAUGAGGAGUUGUUCAUUCGUUGGCUGGAGAUUGCAGCCUUCCUCCCUGUCAUCAGUUUCCACACACCACCCUGGGUUGUCGGAGAGGAUCGGUUGCUUAACUUGACUCGGACCUACAUAGCGAAGCACCAGAGGGAUGUGGUACCACUGAUAAAGAAGUUUGCAGAGGAGUGGCAAAUGACGGGAAACCCCAUCUACCGGCCGAUGUGGUGGCUUAGUCCUAGUGACCCCAUGACCUUCACCAUCGAUGACCAGUUCCUCAUCGGGGACGAGGUUCUGGUGGCUCCAGUGGUGGAGAAGGGGGCAGUGCAGAGGGAUAUAUAUUUACCUGACGGGGGCUUUCAGUGGCAGGACAGCCGGAACGCCCAGGUGUUUGAUGGGGGGACGUUCCUACAGGACUACCCUGUGCCCCUGGAGGAUGUGGCUGUUUUCUUACGGAGAAGCUGAGUCACGUAACUGAUCCAUUGAGUCACCUGACCUAUCCUGAAACUGUUUUGAAUCAAAUUCUUUUUUUGUGCUGUUCUCAACUUGCACUUUUCCACUAAAGACCAUUAACCCUGUCUCAAGGCCCUGUCUUGAGAUGAAAUGUAGAAAUAUUUUUUAUACUUGCACUUUACAGUUCAAAAUGAUUUUUGUUUUUUCCUUCAUGUCUUUUUCACCUUUUUUAAAAAUGUUAAUCGGUUUUACCUCUUGGCUGAUUUGUUUCCGGACUUUUUGAAUCUUUUCUGCUUUUGUAUGUAUGUAAGUUCCGGAGAAAUCUGUGCGUUUACAUACUGCAUUUUUUUUUAAGUCUUUAAUUUUUUUGUUGUUGCUGCUGGCUCUCUUGAUAUGGAGGAACAAAGCAAGCCCCUUGUUUGCUUAAAAAAAUCUGAAUCUCUCAAGAAGACCAAACGAAGAUAAAGAAGGACAACGGAAAUUAUUUGAAAGGGUUUUUUUUCUGGGGGAAAUGCUUAUUGGGAGAAAAUUAGCUCACACAUAGCUUUGUUCAGAGGCUGACUAACCGUGGGUACUGUAUGUCUUGUUAACUUAUCAGAAAGGCUUUUACUUGAACUUAUCAAGCCAUCUGGCUGAUAUUUUAUGAAUGUACCUCAAGUUAUGGUUUUUCACUACUUUACUUAAUACAGUCAACAACCUAACCCCUUAGCACUUAUUUUUAGAGUAGUUUAACUUAUUUAUCAACAUACCACUUUGUUGGACACGUCUGAAUGUCCCUAAGUACUGUAGGGCAGAAAGAGUUUGAGGCCAAGCCACUGUAAUUGUAACUCUGGCUAUAUUUAAUUUAAGAUGAGCUAUUACCUUCUUACUAACCUGCUGUAGUAUCAGCUUUUAAAGAAGCUGCUCACUUUCUUGAUGUUGUGGUGAUGGGCCCUCAUCUCAUGUGAUCCAAAUUAAGUUCGACAUCUAGCCUUGUUGACGACACCGCAAAAGGUUGAAAGGAGAUUUUUAAAAGGUAGUAGGCCUACUACAUGGUGGAGAGAACAAGAUGACAGAUACCACUCUCAGCCAGUGCUUGAAUGUUGAGCUACUACAUCCAGCUGGAUCAGCACAGCGCUAAGCAAUCUGGAAGCUUUUAGCUGCUAGCUAAGACACAUCUGCGAACAGCUAGCAUGGUCCACAGCUACACUUAACCUACCGAAAUGACCUAGAUUACAUCUCAUCUGUUUUAUCUAAAAACAAAAGAUAAAAGUUGUUAUUUUUGCUUUGUAUGGACAUUUCCUCAAGUUUCAAGUUUUUAGGCUAAGUUUGCUAACCAUCUCCUGAGUGAAUUUACCAACUCCUGGCUGCAUGUAGAUAUCAUAAGCCCUUUUCAGAGUCUGAUUACAUGACAUUACGUCUUUGUACAUUCAUAUUGAUUCUGCAGUGGUGUUAUAUUGGUGUCCCAGUCUGUGAAUUAACAGUGCCAGCAUGUUGGGGAAGCCUGAUGUGUAGAGAAACAGUGGAAAAUCUACACACACACACACACACACACACACACACACACACACAGCACUGCUCUCCCUCGCUGACUCUGCCGAUCUUGCCCCUGUAACGCCUCUGUUACUACCUCCAGAGGCAAUAGAAGAGGGAUUACUGCACCCCCCCGAUUACGACUCUGUGACAUUCACAGUGAAGGCGAAAGGAAUGUAAAUAUCGCGCCUUGAUUGGUCUGAAUAGGGCUAAGAGACAAGAGAGAGCUAUCAAUCUUUUCAUUAGUCUCACAAGAAAGCAAGUAAAUGUGUAACCUAUUUGCAAUACAUCAAUAAGAUACUCUCAAAUGCAAAAAGUGUUUGUUACAGCCAUCUUGGAUUUUUCAGACAGAGUUGAAGCAUUAAGCCUAGCUGACUGUUUAGUCACAGAGGUGCAGUGGCAACUUGUUAUCAAUCCUGAUGUGUUACUACAUGUCUGCCCUUUACUUAGCUUAACUAUUUGGACAAUUCUUGACCUGCUUUUGUUUAGCAGAAUUAUGGUUGAUUUUUUUUAUUUGACUAAACACAAGCAAAUCUUAAAUGAGACCACUUAUUUUGACAUUUAACCCUUUUCAACCCAGCAGACACAAAAGUGUAUUCACUUUUGUCCCAUGAGUGCUGCUGUACAGUUAGUUAGCUAAUUUUGCGCUUUGUUAGUAAGCUAAUUUUUGUAUAUUGAUUUGUUUUUCAAAACCUAAACCGGCCAGCAUUGCUGAUACAGACUGAGACCUUAUCACAUAGUGAAUGCUUUACCGCUUUGGUCAAUUUACUUUACUGUAUCACCUCGAAACACUCAGGUCUACUGAAGCUUAUAAAAUCACAAAAGUCUUAGUGCAGCGUAACAUGUUGCUAAACAUUGACGUCUUAAACUCUCCUAGAGCUGAAUGUACAACAGACAAACUGUGAUUUCCCAGCCGAGCCCUUGGUGUGAGGAACUUUUCUAGUUCCGGAUCUAAUGCUUUUUAUGGAAUGCUGUGGUAUGUUCACUUAUGAGUUACAGGAAAAGCUUUUGAUGUGUUAUUCCGUCCGUCUAUGGACUGAGCGAACCAUGUGCCUUAAAUGCCACUCUGAAAUCUGGACAGCACAAGUGUCUGGAUUAUUGCAGUAUCAGCAAUGUACAUAUUACGAUGACUGUGCCAUUAUAAGUGUUUUCUAUUCUGUAAAUCAGAGAACUUAGAACAAAAAGUUGUAAUAAAGUUUACAUUUUCUUACUUCACUA